CAGAGUGGGCUGCCGCCUGCCAUGGCCGAGGCGCGGCAGGCCGGGAGCUGCCGGUCCUCGCUGACCACAGACGGGGCUGAAGUGGAGCUCAGCGCGCCCGUGCUGCAGGAGAUCUACCUGUCCGGCCUGCGCUCCUGGAAACGGCACCUCUGGCGCUUCUGGAAUGAUGUGCUCACGGGCGUCUUCCCCGCCAGCCCCCUCAGCUGGCUGUUCCUGGUCAGCGCCAUCCAGCUGGCCUGGCUGCUCCAGCUGGACCCCUCCCUGGGCCUCACGGAGAAGAUCAAAGAGCUGCUGCCCGACUGGGGUGGACAGCACCACUGCCUCCGCGGGGCGCUGGCGGCCGCACUGUUCGCCUCCUGUCUAUGGGGGGCGCUCAUCUUCACGCUACACGUAGCCCUGAGGCUGCUGCUGUCCUACCACGGCUGGCUUCUGGAACCUCCCGGGGCCAUGUCAUCGCCCACCAAGACCUGGCUGGCUCUGGUUCGCAUCUUUUCCGGCCGCCGCCCAAUGCUGUUCAGCUACCAGCGCUCUCUGCCGCGCCAGCCUGUGCCGUCUGUGCAGGACACCGUGCGCAAGUACCUGGAGUCUGUCCGGCCGGUGCUCUCAGACGAGGACUUCGACUGGACCUCGGUGCUGGCGCACGAGUUCCUGAAGCUGCAGGCAUCACUGUUACAGUGGUACCUGUGCCUCAAGUCCUGGUGGGCGUCCAAUUACGUCAGCGACUGGUGGGAGGAGUUUGUGUAUCUGCGCUCCCGGAAUUCACUGAUGGCCAACAGCAACUACUACUUGAUGGACUUCCUGUAUGUGACACCCACCCCACUGCAGGCAGCGCGAGCUGGCAAUGCCGUGCACGCCCUGCUCCUGUACCGCCACCGUCUGAACCGGCAGGAGAUCCCCCCGACUCUGCUGAUGGGAAUGCGUCCGCUGUGCUCUGCCCAGUUCGAGAAGAUAUUCAAUACCACACGGGUUCCAGGGGUGGAUAAAGACUACAUUCGCCACCUCCAGGACAGCCAGCACGUGGCGGUCUUCCACCAGGGUCGAUUUUUCCGUGUGGCCACCCACUCCCCGUAUGGCCUGCUCUCCCCAAGGGCCCUUGAGCAGCAGUUCCAGCAAAUCCUGGACGACCCAUCACCUGCCUGCCCCCACGAGGAGCACCUGGCAGCCCUGACCACGGCGCCCAGGAGUACGUGGGCCCAGGUGCGGACACUGGUCCGGAGCCAGGCGGCCGAGGCCCUGGAGGCCGUGGAAGGGGCUGCCUUCUUUGUGUCCCUGGACUCUAAGCCCGCGGGACUCACCGGGGAGGACCCGGCAGCUUCCCUGGCUGCCUACGCCCACGCCCUGUUGGCCGGCCCAGGCCACGACCGCUGGUUCGACAAAUCCUUCACACUCAUCGUCUUCUCCGACGGGAAGCUGGGCCUCAGUGUGGAACACUCGUGGGCCGACUGCCCUAUCUCAGGACACAUGUGGGAGUUCACGCUGGCCACAGAGUGCUUCCAGCUGGGAUACUCAGCAGAUGGCCAUUGUAAAGGCCAGCCCGACUCCACGCUGCCCCCACCACAGCGACUGCAGUGGGACCUGCCGGAGCAGAUCCACCCGUCCAUCUCUCUGGCGCUGAGCGGAGCCAGGACGCUGUCAGGGAACCUGGACUGCCACGUGUUGCCCUUCUUCCACUUCGGCAAGAGCUUCAUCAAGCGCUGCCACCUCUCCGCCGACAGCUUCAUCCAGAUGGCCCUGCAGCUGGCCCAUUUCCGGGACAGGGGUCAGUUCUGCUUGACUUACCAGUCGGCCAUGACACGCCUGUUCCUGGAGGGCCGGACAGAGACGGUACGGUCUUGCACUAGGGAGGCCUGUGAUUUUGUGCGCGCCAUGGAAGACAAGGAGAAGACGGACCCACAGUGCCUUGCCCUGUUCCGCACUGCCGUGGACAAGCACCAGGCGCUGCUGAAGGCUGCCAUGACCGGCCAGGGGGCUGACCGCCACCUCUUUGCGCUGUACAUCGUGUCCCGGUUCCUGCACCUGCAGUCGCCCUUCCUGGCCCAGGUUCACUCGGAGCAGUGGCACCUGGCCACCAGCCAGGUCCCUGUGCAGCAGAUGCACCUGUUUGAUGUUCACAACUACCCAGACUACGUCUGCUCCGGAGGUGGAUUUGGGCCUGCAGAUGACCAUGGUUAUGGUGUUUCCUAUGUCUUCAUGGGGGAUGACAGGCUAACCUUCCACAUCUCCAGCAGAAAAUCAAGCACAAAAACAGACUCCCGCCGGCUGGGGCAGCACAUUGAGGAUGCCUUGCUGGAUGUGGCCUCCCUGUUCCAGGCACAGCAGUCGCUGAGAAGCCGUGUCAGGGGGCUAAGGGACGAACCCUCGGGGCCCACGAGGCCCACGUGUGGAACUCUCUCCAGCCGGAUUGUGGACUCCAAGGUGCCCAUGGCACCCACCGGCCUCUGAC